AACCUCCACUAAUCUCUGCUUCUGAAUUUUGAUUCCACCUCCAUCAUCAACACUCAAAAAAUUCCUCCAUUUCUCUCGCCAACAAAGAAUAUUCUCGAAACCACCAAAUCCCCACCGCCCUUGAAUGCAUUAUACCAUAGCAUCAUUCAAUUCAAACAAUCACCUCUCCAAUUUCGAUCAUCUCUUAGCUGAAGAAGCAGCUUCACCGAUUUCAAUUACAUUCAAUGGCCGACGACCACGCCGUCACGCUCUACAGCGGCGCCGCCAUCACCGACGCCAAGAAGAACCCCUUCUCGCUCAAGGUGGGGAUGGCGCAGAUGCUCCGCGGCGGCGCCGUCGUGGAGGCCACCACUGCGGAUCAGGCCAAGACCGCGGAGUCCGCUGGCGCCUGCUGCGUCGUCGUCUCCGAUCCGCCUCCGCCUCCGACGCGCCGCGGGAUCUCACGCAUGGCGGAUCCCUCGCUGAUCAAGGAGAUCAAGCAGGCGCUGUUGAUUCCUGUAAUGGCGAAGGCGCGCGUCGGCCAUUUCGUGGAGGCGCAGAUUCUGGAGCAGAUUGGGGUCGAUUACAUCGACGAGAGCGAGGAAUUGGGGAUCGCCGACGAGAAUCACUUCAUCAACAAGCACAAUUUCGGAGUGGCGUUUGUGUGCGGCUGCCGCGAUUUGGGGGAGGCGCUGCGGCGGGUGAGAGAGGGCUCCGCCAUGAUCCGGACGCAGGGGGAAAUCAAGGGUUUGGGGAAUGUGGCGGAGACGGUGGGGAGUGUGAGGAAAAUCAUGGGGGAAAUCAGGGUUUUGAAUAACAUGGAUGAAGACGAGGUGUUCGCCUUUGCGAAGCGAAUUGGGGCGCCGUACGACAUUGUGGUGCAGGCGAAGCAAAUGGGGCGGCUGCCGGUGGUGCAAUUUGCUGCUGGGGGGAUUGCAACGCCGGCUGAUGCUGCAUUGGUGAUGCAGUUGGGGUGUGAUGGGGUGUUUUUGGGGCAGGAGGUUUUUGACUGCGAUGAUCCCUAUAAGAGGAUUCGAGCCAUUGUGCAGGCAGUUAGGAAUUACAAUGAUCCGAUGGAGCUGGCGCAGGCGAGCAGCGGUUUUGAUCACGCGAUGGCUGGGUUGAAUCUCGAUGAUAACAGGUUCCAGAUAUUUGGAUCUGGAGAUGCUUACUGAUUAUCUUUUCGUGUGAGUUCUCGUGUCCUAGCUUUCUUGAUUUUGGGAGUUGCUGUAGUAUAUAAUGUUUGUGGUUAGAAAACUUGUUUCUUUGCAUUUCAAAAAAUAAGAGCUAAUGAAGUGCAUUUUGUUAUUUACAAA